GUUGGUUUUGUGUCGUUGGUGAGAAUCGUGAGAAGUGCAAUCAGCAACGUGGUGUGCACAGGGACGUGGUGGUGUGAUAGUUUGAUAUUUGAAGAUUUUUACGAUCAAAAAUUUUGCCAUGACUGAAGGUAAAUCGCCUUCUGCCAAACCGGCCAAAAGUCUGCUGGCGUUAAACCCGAAAGAGGAGACAGAAUUUAAGAAGAAAGUGCAGGAAGUGAAAACGCGUCCCAAAAAAGGAGAAUCGUUAAACCCAGGAGUGAUUUACGUGGGCCAUCUUCCAAAUGGGCUGUUUGAGCCCCAACUCCGACACUAUUUCGGACAGUUUGGGACGGUGCAGAGGUUACGGCUGUCCAGGAGCAAGAAGACCGGUGGGAGCAAGGGUUAUGCCUUUGUGGAGUUUGAAUGUGAUGAAGUGGCCAAAAUUGUCGCAGAAACCAUGAAUAAUUAUCUCAUGGGGGAAAGACUUAUAAAGUGUAGUCUGGUGCCGCCUGAGAGGGUCCACAGCCGGCUGUUUGUCGGAUCUCAGAAGUUCUUUAAGAAGCCUUCGUUCCCUGCAGUCAAGCGCUACAACAAGAAGCGUACGCCCGAAGAAACCAAACGCAUGACCGGCAAACUGCUCCAGAAAGAAUCCAAGCUGCGCAAGAAGCUAGCAGAGAAGGGAAUCGACUAUGACUUCCCGGGAUUCGCUUCUCAGGUGUCCAAAAAUAAGAUGUCUGCAGACGACACAAACGCAUCUAUUUGCAGUCAAGACAUUACCCCUGUGUGCACUCCAUCCAUCCUGGAGAAGAGGAAGUCCGUUAAAAUUGAUGAUGACGAUGAAGACGAUGAGAUUAUAAUCAAAGUCAAACCAGCACCAAAGAAGUCUAAACGAAAAAAGACAACAUAAAGGGAAAUGUGUUCCUCUCAGGACUGAUAUCCAAUGGACAAUGCCAAUCCCCGCACUGUUAAAAUACGAAAACUGCCUGAAAAGGCCAUGAAAAGACAUUUUACAAUGGGAUUGAAUUGCUGAAUCUCAUAAAAUUAAGUGUAUGUGGCUGGAUUGCAUGUAGAUUUGCAGAAGUGGCGUCUGGAGAGAAAUCCUAAUGUGUAUAGGGUUUGCAUUGUUGAGGUUUGGUUUGCAUUGAGGUUUGGUUUAAGUGAUGCACCCAUAUCUUCCUGUGGGGAGGACCUUAAAUUAUCCAGAGACUGAGUCAUUUGAAUCCUACAUGUAAAUCUAAUUGUAUAAUGUGUGUAAUAUCAAAUGACUUGUGUAUUUUUAAUUAAAUUUGACUUGUAUGGCUCA